GCGCAGCGAUUGCGUCGUUGUCAAAAUCCGCCAUUAGGAUAUGACAUUUGGAACGCGGCCUUAAAAGUACAUAUUCAUACCGCCAUUUCCGGUGCUUUGUCGUGCGGACGUACGCAACGCUCGCGUUCCCGAGUCUGGUGGGCGGUUUGUUGUUCGAAAUUUUCGCGAUAUAAAUCGUCGCGCGACGCUUUAUACAACGCGAUAUGUUGUGAGAAAUGCGAGUGAAUGUGAACGGCGGCGACAUAAUGCGAGAGCUCGUAUUGCGCGACAAGACAUACGAGCGCGGUUGUGCAAAUAGCGCGUAGUGAUCGUCUGCGCACGCCCGAUGUGUCUCCGCGGCAAGAUGAGCGCGGCAUCGCGUUAGGUCGACUGCGAGGACGCACUGGUGUCGCGAGUUGAAAAGAGAGAGAGAGCGCGCACAAGCGAGAAGCGCGCGAUCGCCUAAUUACGAUUCUGUCUGUCAGCUAGGUAAUCGGAGUAAUAACGUCGCCAGGGCGUUAAAUACGGAGCGGACGCGCGAUAUUGACUGGUGUUUUGACCAGCAUAGAACGCUGAGCAGUGUUGGUUGAUAAGGUAACGUGGAUAGCCGCCGUGAUGGACGGCGCGAACGUGAAUGGCGGGAACACAAGAAUCGUAUCCGAGGAUCCUAACCUCGAAAGCGCUGACGGUGGUGAUUCGGCUGUGCAAUCGAUGCCAGAAACGCAAAAUUCACCGUUGAGCGGUAAGACUCAGUCGACGGCUGGCGGAAACGCGGACACGCAAGGGAUUAACGGCGAUCUAAAGGCCACAUCCAAGAAACCCGGCACGCAGUCCCUGCGUAGAAGAACAAGGAAAUCCAUCACCGACGGCAACGUGAUGGAGUCGGUUGUAACUAGGACGCGGAAACGCAGGCACUCCAAUCUCAAUUACGCGAGUUCGGAUGAUUCUGAAGAGGAAUUUAAUGGGUUCGAGAUGCAUGGGCUUGAUUCGCAGCCAGGCAGUCAUGUUUUGAAAAAGCUCAUUGCUGAAGCAGAAAUUGCAGAAGCACAAUUUGUAAAACGUAUCAGAUAUUCAAGAAGAAGCCUAGAUGAUAAGAAGGAAGAUGAUCAAGAUUUUGAUCACACAAGAGCCUAUAUUUAUGAGACAGAUAGUUUUGGACAAUUUGACAUGGAAAAGAUAAAAAGAGAAAAAGAAUCUGACAAAUCAGAAACUGAUUCUAUUGAUAUGCCAAAUAGCAUAGAUUCUGAGAUAGAACCAAGUAAAAUUGAAUCUGUCUCCAUCAAGUCAGCAAAUUCGUCAGCAACAAGUAGUCCAUCAGCAGCAUCACAAAGGUCGAGAAGUAGUCGUAUUUCUCGUGGUCCCAGUCCAGGAGGAAGGCAAAAAGUUGUUGAUAUGUCCAAUCCCUUGUAUAAAGAACCGUUUAAGCACGGAUGGAAACGUGAACUGGUAUUUAGAGCAACUAAUGAUAAUUCACUGAAAAGAAUGGCUGACAUAUAUUAUUAUACUCCAACUGGCAAAAAAGUCAGGAGUUUUAGAGAAGUUGCUGAAUGUCUCAAUUCAAAGGAGUUAAAAAUUGACCACUUCACAUUUUUCAAAGAGCCUAUUGGACUCGAUGAUCCAGAAAAAGAAAUAGUACGAGAUGCCAAAAAAAUGAGAGGAUCUAUGGGAGGAUAUGGAAAGAAAUCUCCUGCUAGAAAAUUCACACCAAUAAAAAAGUCAGCACAAGAACUUGCAGUGAAAAAGAUAGUACAAGAACCUGCAACAAAGAAACCAGUACAAGAACCUCAAGUUCCUGUACAGGUGGCUGCUACUACACCUACAUCUGUAUCUACAGAAGCUUCAAAACCUAGUUCCGUACCUGUGUCAGUGCCUACAAGAGCUACCAAAUCGACAAAAGUUUCAACACCUACAGUACAUAAGACAAAAACAGCUGCAAAGAAAACUCCUCAAAUAACAGAAAUGAAAUCACCAGCUGAAGAGAUUGAGAUGCUUCCACCUCAGCGAAGUAUAGCAAAUACAAGACGGAAUCAACAAAUCGCAGAAAAAGUUGUUCCUGUCAAAGCCAAAAGAUCGCUACCGCCGAAAGUUCAAGAACCGUGCAGCAUACGAUGUUCUACAAGUAUGGGAUUAAUACCAAGUUUGCAAUGCCGUAUCUGUCUCUGUUUGUAUCAUCCCGAAUGUGUCGAUGGCAGGGAAGUUGCAGGCAGUGAUGAAUACGUCUGUAAGAAUUGUCAACCAGACACUAAAGAUUCUCAUACAUCGAAUAAUCCUACUCUGACGCCGCCUCCAUUGAUUCCAAUCAGUAUGUUGGGUACUCAGAAUGCCAAAUCAAAACAUCAAGCUAACGCACCGCCACCUCCGAAGUUACAAAGAAUUCCCAAGAAUUCAGACAACGCUGAUACGCAAAUGAGAAAUCCUUCCAAAGUUUCCAAGACAAUGUCUGCAACAUCAAAUACGUCUUCGACUACAGAUAAGAAAGAAACCGCUUGGUUUCCUCAAACGGAAAAUGAGUUCUUGCAGAGCCAUGAUGGUACUAUGCCGAAACCAGCGCAAAAUAUCGCUCUGAUGGGUGGUAAAAGAUAUAUUGUAGUGCCGAAAAAUAACGCGAUGGCGGUUCAACCGGCUAUAACAGUGAAACCAGACAAAAUUGGCGACAAACCUCCAAUACUUCAAGAUGGUUUACUUACCGACAUCUCGAACACCGUGGAUAAUGCUGUUGAAAAGCCGCACGCGCCUUUAUUCAAGCACUUGAAUACUGAUGCGUCUGAAAACGUAAAUGUCAUGUCUGAUAAAGAAAUGUCAAAAGAUGCGACAAAUGACGUAACACAUCUUGUCUCUUCCGCUGUCACCGAAGAGCUCGAUAACAAAGACAGUAAAGAUAAUAAGGAUGAAGAAGUUCAGAUUACAAAAAAUAACAAGAGCUCUCCGAAAAGAGACAAGUCUAUUGAAAAUCUAUCAGAAACUAAAUCUUCUACCGCUGCUAUAGAUGAUACGGCCGAAGAAAACAAAGCAGCUACAAGUCGUGAAUCACCUGAGAGAAAACUUGAAUGUACGCCAGUAUCUUCAGAAAAUAUUGUGAGCGAUGUUGAGACAAAGAUAAUCAAACCUGUCGAACGGCAACAGUCAAGUAAAGCGGGUACAGUAAAAAAAGUAAAAAAUAUCAAAUAUAAAGACAUGUGUGCGAGCCGAAACACAAAAGCUCUUAGUGCGUUUUCCCGAAAAUUCUCACAAUCUUCGUCCUUUGAUCCUAUAUCCAAUCCCAUAAAAAAGAGCCAAGAGGUUGAACAGCAACAGAAUUUUAUGGUUUCCAUUUGUGCUGGCUAUAAUGCCUUGCUGCGCAUUUUCCAAUAUCUUAAAGUGCAAGAGCUACUAAGGGCUGCGCGAGUUUGCAAAAUGUGGCGUGAUCUCGCUGCGCAUCCGUCUUUGUGGAAAACUGUACGAAUGAAGAACAGUCAGGUCACCGAUUGGGAAGGUCUGGCGGACACAUUACAAAGACGGGGUACUCAGUAUCUAGAUCUCAGAAAAAUGUUGGUGGCUGGUGAAUCUGAUCUUUGGAAGAAAUUUUUGACUGUUAUCCCGCGAGUUACUAGUCUCGUCAAACUCGAGCUGUGCAAAUGCCCCGUCAUGGUGGUCGAAGAGGUUAUUAAGAACUGUCCUCAGUUGGAAGUAUUGAGUGCAAUGUCGAUCAAAUGCGAUUCCCUCAACUUGGAAUCGGUCGGCAAUCUGAAGCAAUGUCAAGAACUCCGGCUCAAAGCGAUAAGCGGAAUGUCGUUGCAGCAAGAUCUUACACCUUUACAAGAAUUGAAGCAGUUAACACAACUGAGUUUAACAUCAGUCAGAGAACUUGGGAAGAAGAAAAUUGAUAUUAUACAGGCAUUAACGAACUUGGAAACACUAGAAUUAGGUGAAUGUUCCGACUUCCCUGACAAAUUUGGAACUAACGUUCUAAUCAAAUUGAAUAAAUUAGAACGUCUCAGACUUGAAAAGGGCCAAGGAUCCUGUUGUACGUUUAAUAUUCUCGAAGGUGUAUCGAAAUUAGAAAAUCUGAGUCAGAUGGAAUUGGUCAAUUUUGACGUAAAGAAUGGUUUUGACAAAUGCCUUGCCAAUUGCAAGAACAUCAAAAGGUUAUUAAUUAUACCGACUUACAUAUCACAAUCAGCGACAUCUAAUAACAUGGUACUCGGAGGUGUCACAGAAUUAUCAAAUAAUUUGACACACUUCGUGUGGGGCGUUACACUCGAAUUACUCAGAGUUACGGAAUUAUUCGUUGAUCAGUGCAAUCUUACAAACAAACAAGUUAAUGGCGAUUCUAUACCGGUUUUAAAACCAGUCCCUUGUCUAAAUUUGGUUAAGAAUACCGAAGAGGAAACAGAAAACCAAAAAGGUGACAAGUCACAAUCGCACCUAACAAGUCCUCAAGUGGACAUCCUGCCGCUGCCUCAGUUGCAGAAACUUCUCUUAACCGCAUUACCCAAGACUCGAGUCAAAAUCUUAAAAAUUCCUUUUCACGCUACAUGGCGACAAAGCAUUUCUGAUACCGCCACGUAAUAGAGGCGAAUAAACUAAUACAGAACUAAAAUGACACAGAUGAAAGUGGUGAGGAUAUCUUUUAUAGAUUCUACAUCAUUUGUGCGCUACAACAUUUAUGAAAAAUUUUUUUAAAAAAGAGAGAAAGAGAGAGAGGGAGAGAGAGAGAGAGAGAGAGACCUUUCUCUAUCUUUAACAAUAGACUUCUGCACUACGGGCCUGUAUCUACGAUGCCUAGAAAUUAGGUGAAAAAAAUUUUUGUGUAAACCGAUACAAUAUAGUAGAUGACGAAAAUACAUAUUAAAGAGGUAGUGGCUUCAUGAGAUCGGUCCUAGUGCGAGAAUCCUAUUGUAUUAUGAAAUUUUAACAAAGAAAUUGCGGAAAAACUUAUUGUUAUUCUUGUAUAUAACUGAUGUCAAAAUUAAUAUAAUUUGUACGCUGAUUACGAGAGUCACUAAAACGCGACUGUUUGUUCACAAUCAGCCGGUUUGCGGAGAAUCAUCAUAAGGAAAUUUCAUCCAAAUGAUCGCUUAGUAAGAAACACCAUCGUAGCAAAUUCGUAGUAACCAAAGGAUUAAUCUUCCCUCUACGAACAUAUCGAAUUAUUUUAAUUUCCUUCUUGUAGUUUGAGUUGCAUUGCAAAUUAUAUAGCAUAUAAAAUUCGCGUGCGUUAAACAACUUAUAUAAAACUUAUUUAAAUGAUACAAGCUAUAAGAGCUGUAAACAACUAUACACUGGAGGGCACUCGUAAAGUGGAAGAAUGUACUUCGAAUUAAAAAAAUUUAAUUUUAAAUAUAUAAGCAUUUUCUUUGUACAAUUUAAUGCCGGAUUGUAUACAUUGAUAAGAGAUGUAAGAGAUGUAGAUGUGUGGCACUCUUGUUUUUAAAUACACAUACAAUUUUAUGUAUACGUAUAAUAAUGAGAUAAAAACAUUUCGGAUAAACAAUAAAAUCGAAGUACAAAGUAUAAUUUUAUUUCUUUAACCAAACAUAUUUUGAAAGUUUUACUGUAACUGCUCGAAAUGCCGCACUUGUCAGUUGCGACAUUGCUCGAGCAUUUACAACUUGUCAAAGGCUUAUUUUCUCUUAAGACAACAGGUAAUGCACUCUCGUAUAAUUUUUAUAUUGUAAUAAAAAUGGUUUUGCACAUUUAAGUGUAAAUGAAAAAGCAACGCUUCUUCAUCUCAAAGUCUUCUCAACAAAAAGUAUUCUUCUCUUUUUCGAGUGAACGUUGGAGAGCACAUAACUUGUUUGUUCUCCAAGAACGCAUUAAAGAACGAAAUAAAGAGAAUAGUUAUACGUAAUUUCUUUGUUAAAGUUUCACAAUUUGGAAGAGGACUGGAUUUGGAGAAAAACAAACAUUUUGUAUAUAUAUAUAUUUGUGGUACAUACAGUGAGUUUUUUAUAUAUAAUCUAAAAAGAAUUUUUUUCUAGUAACUCUACAAUGUAUCGGUACACAUUGUACAGCGAUGAGAGCAACUACAAAUUUAAUGUUUUCAUGGUGAAUACGCGGGACCAUGUACGUGCGUCAUUUUCACCAGGAUAAUUGUCAAAGAAUAUUUUUUUGACGUGACUUAAGUUACUGUGAAAAACAAAUUUUCUAUCUUUUUUGUACAUUAUCGACAUUAUCGACUAUAUGUUAUUCAAGACAGAAAAAAAUAGUAUAGAUUUGUAUUGUGCCGAAGUUGCUGUUACGUGUAUCCGCGUAUUGGAAGUAAUUCAACAAGAUUACAUACAAAUUUACGUAUAUUUUGGACUUGUCAUACAUUCGUACAAUUGCAAAUAGGUUUGUUUGAUAAGAAGAAAGGGAUAAGAUGAGUACUUCGGUGAGACUUUUUUCGAUCAAGAAGAGAAACGAAAGAGAUGUACGAAAAUAAAAUACGACACGUGUAAUUCAAAAUUAGAUUUGUAUGUUUCGCCGAUAUAAAAACGCCGAAACAAAAACGAACUUAACAAACUUAAGUUUUUAUUAAAAUAAUACAAAUGAUAAAGUCUUGCGCGCGUAUAUUUGGCUCUAGAUAUUAACUGUAUA